AUGUGUAAUGGUAAUUUGUGUCUCAAUGGCGGAAUAUGUAUUGAGCUCGACGACCUUUAUUACUGUGAGUGUGUGGAUGGUUAUGAUGGAGCAUACUGUGAACUGGACGGGAAUAUGUGUGAAACUAACCCUUGUCAAAAUGGUGGGUUUUGUGAAGAUGGUAAUAACUCCUAUAUGUGUAACUGUCCCCCUGGAUUUGUUGGCAAUAACUGUGAAACAGACGAGAAUGACUGUGACCCAAGUCCUUGUCGGAAUGAUGGCACUUGUAAUGAUGGCGUCAAUACAUACACGUGUCAAUGUAGUGAAGGAUUCACAGGGCGUGAUUGUGAAAUAGAUGUCGAUCACUGUGAUCCAAAUCCUUGUCAGAAUGGUGGCGACUGCAACAAUGGCAUUACAACUUACACGUGUCAAUGUAGCGAAGGAUUCGCAGGGCAAGAGUGUCAAAUAGGCAUGUGUCCACCCGAAUGGUUAUAUUUCCAGUCAUCGUGCUACUGGUUCAGUCCAAGUGAUGUGUUGAUGAAAUGGGCCGAAGCAAUUGAACAUUGUAAUACCAUGAACGCCUACUUAGCAGUUCCGAAUACGCCUGCUGAGAACAUGUACUUAUACGAACAAUGUUAUCCUAGAAGAGUUUAUUUAAAUGCGCAUGGUUUAGCUAUGUGGUUACUUGGCUGUACUGACAUAGAGAAUGAAGGCACAUGGGUAUGUCUUGAUCAUACAAUUCUCUCAUAUGAUGCGUGGAAUUACGGUGAACCUAGUAAUAGCCAGGGUGACGAGGAUUGUCUAUCAAUGGAUAUUCGUGAUGGAGCCCCUCCAGCUGUUUGGAAUGAUAUCACAUCCACUAUAUGGGCAGCCCAAUUUAUUUGUGAAAAGGCACAAGAUAAUAAUGAUAUCUGGAAACGGGUAAAACGCUUUGCUGGAGUCAACACACAGAGACCAAAUAUUACACCUUCUGAGUGGGUUAACCACUUUCAAAUGCUUCACAACCCAAUAUUUGACAACUCUGUUUUUGACAAUACUGUGAAAGAAUACCUGGAAAAUUUGGAUUUUACUUUUCAAGAUCCAAUAUUAGGUGAACUAAAUGGGACUAUAUCAGAAGACGAAAUUAUGAAAGCAUUAAUUGAAUUGAAACCUGGGAAAUCACCAGGACCAGAUGGUAUUUCAAUUAAUGAAACAGGUGUUCAAAGAAUGCCCUUAUUCCAGUUUUGA